UUUCUUCUAUCAUUACAUGCACCAGUGAGACGCUGCAUACAUCGCGGAAGUGUUUGAAAUUUUGAGGAAUAUACUUUUAGGAUAUCUAAAUAAUUUGUGAAAAUGUCUUGGGAUGAUUGGUGCAAGAAUAUUAAAGCAGCAGGAUUUGUUGCAGGUGGAAUAUAUGGAGAGGAUGGCUCAGUUUGGGCAGAAUUUUGUGAUGAUAAUAAUCUAAAGUUCUCUGGUGGAGAAAUUCAACAUAUUAAGAAAUGUAUACAGACUGGUAAUCCUAGUGCAGAAAGUGUUCAUGUGAACGGAGCAAAACAGAUGGUCAUUAAAGCUGAUUCUUCUGAAGGCCAACUUCUAGGAAAAAAUAAAACAGAUUCCUGCAUAGUAGCUGUUAAAUGUUCUAAAUGUAUUGUAGUUGGAGUAGGAGGUAAAAGUUCAGAACCUCGUUCCCUCUUAGAUCCAUUGUCAAAAUUAGGAGAAAGUUUAAAAGGAAAUGGAUUCUGAUGUACAUUGAAGUAAGGCCAACACCAUUUUCAACGCAUUGCCUUCAUCUAUGCAUAAUUCAAGCUGUGUUUUUUUGUUUGUUUCCAAAUCUCUGAUGAUUCCUUUAUUUUGAUUGGUUACUAUAUUUGACAUUACGCACAUACUAUAGCCUAGUAUAUUUCAUCAUCAACUGUUCUGUUGCUACAAGAUCAAAAAAGAUCAAAAUGUAUUGUGGAUACACUUAUUUAAUAACAUAUUAAGCAUUUAACAGUAAAAAAGUUAAUCCAUGUACAUACUUUAAUGAGCUUUUAAGGUUUUUUUUCCUGAGAAUAUUUAUUUUUAGAUUUUCUUUUUAUUUUAUCAUAACAAUUUUGGAUCUCUUUGGAUUUUUGUUGUUUUGUGGGGGGGGGGGGGGAGAUGGAUGUUACCUAAACAAAUUGUUACAGUUGAAUUGAUUGUGUUAACUUUCUGUAAAUAUAACAUAUUACUGUAAAUAAUCUAUUAUAAUAUAUUGCCUUAAUGAAUCACAUAUAGUGCUAUAAUACAGUGUACAUUUUGAAUUGGAUAUAAAUGUAACUUACAAUAAAUAAUGAUACAAGUCCCUAAAAAUAGUUCCUAAGAAUGAUGUACUAUUAGUUUUCUCUCAGUUUAGAAACAGUCUUUUGUAUAUGAAAAUGUUAAUGCUGACAUAUUGCUAUUUUGUGUAGGAUUUGGAGCACAAGUAAAAUUUUCACAUUGUAUAAUAUAUACAUUAUAUGCCAAGUUGUUAUUUUUUUCAUAAAAUGCCAAAAUAGAGCUGAAAUACAAAGAUUUGAAUAAUAGGGGUAUUAAACAAAGGAUAUACAUGUAUGCUUUGUAAAUCAUUGCUUAUUAGUUAUUACAUGUGUGUUAACACACAUACUGUCUCAAAUUUGUGUAACAGUUUUUUCCACCAUUUAUUUUGUUUACAAAUUUUUGGAGAUCAGUUUUUAAGGGAUAUGCUGUAAUUAAAGAUCUUGUUUUUAUUUUUGUAAUAUUUUGUUGCUAAGUUAUUUUUACAAGAAUGUUAUAUAAAUCCUAUAUGUACUGUAUCAGUAUAUGCUACAAGAUUCUCUUGCUUAUUUGUCAUUAACAUUAUGUCAUUAACCUAUUCCAUACAGUCAGUAUAAAAUAAUGCUACCUUCUGCACUAGGACAUUGUGACUUCAUUUUUUCAGCAGUAUGCUAUAGAUAUGGUAGAUGCUCCUGUAAGUCACAUAGUACAUAUCCAAAGGGACCACAUUUUCUUGUUGUUGAAUUUGUUUAUAUGUACAUCGAAAAAAAUAUGCCAGAGCUUGUCUUUUAGUGCUUAAAUCUUUGUUUGUUAGGAUGUUAUUACUUUGUUUACUGCCAAGGAAAAUCACUGUUAAAAUUUUAUGACCUACACAUGUGUAUGAUAUAAAUUUGUACUACAGUGUUACUUACAUAUAGUCUAAUUUGAAAAUAUCUAUGGAUUUUUAAUAGUGAAUAGGUCUCCUGUUGAAGUAGAACUUUUCUUACUUACUUAUUUGUUGUUUUAAGAACAUUACAGUAAGCAGCUGGGGGUAACAGUGGCCUAGUGGUCUGCCUUUCAGCCCAAAGAUGGUGGGGUUCAAGUCCUAUAGGGAUCAUGACUGUGUUUCCUCAUGAUACCAGUACUGGUUUGUUCCAGGAAGCAGAUUGUAUAAGCUUGGAACUUUCUUUACAAUCAAGCUAAAAUAAAUAUGUUUACAUUAAAACUGUAUAAACAGUUGACUGUAUUCAAAUUUGUUAAGACUUCACAGUAGCGCUGGCUGGUCUUUCUUUCAUCCAAGCUAUUGUAUUAUCCCUGACAGUAUAGUCUGAUCCCUAGUUGUAAUUUGAUAUAUAACAAGCAACAAAGUUUGUAGGGUCCUUGGUAUGUAAACUAGAGUUUUACUACAGCCUGCUAAACUCAGCCUUAAAAAAUGAUUUGCAAGUGGGGAAUACCUGUAUUUUUACCAACUCCAUUUUAAAACUUGCAGGCAAACUUCUCAAUUUAUUUCAAUAUAUUUUUUAUAUAUAUAUUAUGUAUGUAUUGCUAUCUACAUAUCCACUGAGAUCAUACAACAAGAACUAUGUUUAUAUACAUCAAGUCAGCUGUAGUUUUCAUUUAAUAUUUUGUUUCUAGUCAGUUAGAGCAAAGCAGAUUUUUUUCUUCAUAUUGCCCAUAUUGCAUAUUAUCCACCAAAAAAUGUUCAUAAAAUCAUAAAAAAUAAAAGCAUGAAUCAAUACUUACCGCAGGAACUUUUUCUAAAUGCAAUGUCAACAAGCUGAUAACAUUUGAGCAUUUCAAACCUUCCUUGUGUUGUAAAUUGCAGAUAUAAUUAUGUCGUGUGUACAUGUAUUACCAUAAAAUUGUUCAAGACUUUUUGUUUGUUCAGCUGGGAAGUUUAUUCACUUUAAUAUAAUUUAUUAUGAUGUGCAUAAGGAAGAUUUGAAUGAUGAUUUAUUUUGAUUUAUUCUGUUAAGUCCUUUUAUACAUAUUAAUUAUUUAGACUGAUACAUUGUACAAUAAUAGAAUGAGGAAAAUGUCACCUGUAAUUUGCAAAUACAGCAUAUUUGCCUUAUUUAAAGGGAAAAAUUUUAAGUACUGUACUUCCUUGUAGGCUUAUAAAAAAUCAAAUGUGUGUAAUACAUGUACAUCUUUUUCAUUUUAAUUUGCACAAUCAUUGCAUCAUAAUUAUACAAGUUUUGAUAGGUUCUAGAGAUAAGAUAUGGAAUUUCCAUGCAAUUUCUGAUCAAUAUUUUACCAAUAAUGCAUUUAUUUUCUGUUCAAUGUAAUCUCAUAAUCCCUCAACUGUUUUAUUUGUAUCUGGGAUGAUAAAUCUAAUAUAUACUUUUAUGUUGAUUUUUUUCCCUCUUCAUGUACACCAAAAUGACUCAUUCCAAGUUCUAUUCAAUAAACAAUGUAGUCUUUA